AUGACUUCAACAAAAAACUGUAAAAAAUGCGAUAAGGCUAUCGGCAAGAAGUUGAAGCUGCAGUGUGGUCAGUGUGGGGGCUACUUUCAUCUUUUAUGCGGCAAUGUCACUGAGGUUGAUGCUCGCAUAAUGAGCAAUGAAAAAACUCCCUGGAACUGCGCAGGAUGCUCAACGGUGGCAGGUGGUCCCAGCGGUCGGCUUUCAAUUGGAGAACGCAGUAGAAGGGAGUCAGCCCUCUUUACAGCUCACUCUGAGGCAAUGGCAAAGACUGGUUAUGAUGCUGAUAUAAGGGCUUUGAUGCGUGAACUCCAGGAGGAGAUUAGAGAGAUGAAGAGAGCAAUGGAAUUCUUCAAUGAGAAGUACGAGGAGGAGUCUAAGCGGACAAAGGUAUUGUCGGAUAUAGUUUCUGAGGUAUCUAAGGAUAACCAGGACUUACGAAAUGAAGUUAAUAGGCUUAAAUCUGCCUUGGGGUCACAAGAGCAGUCCAAAUUAAUGAACAACAUAUGCGUCACUGGUCUACUGACAAAACAGGAUGAGGGAAACACGCAGGUUUGCAAGGAUAAAUUAAUCCAGCUGUUCGAUAGCUUAGAUGUGAAAACUAGUGAACGCUCUCUGCAAAAUGUCAGACAGAUUCCAAUGAAAACCGGUGUUAACGCUGUUAUAACACUACAAUCAGCUGAUGUUAAACAAGAAAUCUUAAGGGCCCGUUCAAAAAAAGGCAAAAUCACACUUUCAAACUCUGGCCUGGGUGACUCUGCGCAGUGCAUUUUCAUUGAGGUGGAGCUUACAAAGGAAACCUAUGAGUUGUUUAAAAAAGCUAAGCAGCAGCUCAGAAGCAAAAACUACAAGUGUAUAUGGCAUAGAAAUGGAGCACAAGAUUUAACAUCGGGCGAAGAUAUCAAUCCGGGAGAGGCUUUUUCUUGUAAUACUUCUACAAGUACAUCAAGUUCUCUCAGUUCAUCAGAUCACUCUGAACCAUUUGGCUCUGGUUCUUCAGAAGAUGAUCCAGAGUAUAAAGCUUCAUCUGAGUCAUCAUCUGAAAGUGAGAUGCAAGAAGAAGCCGCCGCUGCCACCGAUGAAAGACAAAUAGAAGACGUUGAAGAAGAUCCACCUGUCAAAAGGAGAAGCAGAAAAAGGAAAAAUAAUAGCGUGCAGUCGAAGAAAAACAUUGCAAAGCAACUAAAAAACAGUGGGAAAAGUUACCAAUCAAUAAAAGUUACUAAAAAUGAGGAUGACGAAGACAUUAGUCACUCGUGA